AUGGCAGUAUAUACGGGGAAAACAUGGGGACAAUGGGACAACAACAGGACAAAAAGUCUGGUCUGCCGUUUUCUUCGUGCUGUCUUCACUCAACAACAGCUCCUGAAGUGGGAGAAUGACGUCACAAAGAACGGAAAGUUCACGGUGUCGGCACUUCCGGCCAAAGGUCGUGUGACGUCACGACUCCACCCCACACUAUCCCUGUACAUCAACCGCUUCCAGACGCCAGAUGGCGCGAUAAUCACCAUCAACGGCGCCACCAUCAUCCACGCCGACAUUGUGACGGAGAACGGCAUCCUCCACAUCGUCGACCGCAUGGUAGCGCCCGUGGGCAGUCACAUGACCAUCGCAGAGUACGUGGAGAAGCCUCAGCUCAGGGAGUUGUCCUUCAGUGCCAUUAUCAUGGCCGCCAUUGUGGUACCGUCGUUGACCCAGAAAACGAACAGCACUAAAUCUCUGUACACGUCCUUCUCGCCCAACGACUCGUAUCUCUACCCCAUGCCGGAGUACGGGAAGGAGCCGUUGUUCAACAACUUUACCAUUCUAAGGGAGGUAAGAAACAACUUUACCAUUCUACGGGAGGUGUACCAGGCCCACAUCAUCGAAGACGAGGCUCUGUUUUUACCUGCGGGUCUCAAAGGUUUGCCGGCACGGAAGGCUUUGUACGGAACGAUCCGGUUCUACACGCGGGACGGCAAACUGUACAUCUCCAACAAUCGCGUGCACGCCAAGGUCAUCCAGCCCAACAUCCCAACGGUCAACGGCGUCAUUCACGUCAUCGACAACCUGCUACACUACAUCUACCACAACGCUCUGCAGGUCGCUGACUCCAUUACUGACGCCAAAAUAUUCGCCCAGCUGUUGAAGGGGGUGUCGGCCCAGAUGAAAGAGAGGCUGGCCAACACGACGGUGACCAUCUUCAUCCCCAGUGACUGGGCCUUCAGCAAGGUGCCGCUCUACUGGCAGGGGGAGCUGGUCAGGGUGGAGAACAUGAUCGACAGGAGCCCGCUGGAACAGUUUCUGUACCGUCACGUGAUGACUGACGUAGCGAUGGACGCUGGGAAGUUGACCGAUGGCAAGCGACUGACCAUGGCGAGCAACCAGACACUGACCGUACUGCACAAAGAUGGCGACAUCUACCUGGAGACAUCAGACCGACGUGUGAGGUCAAGGAUUGAGGUGCUGGACAUUGGAGUGACCAACGGCGUGGUCCACCUCAUCAGCAACAUCCUGUCCGCCGAGGGCUUCACCAUCUGGCAGGCCGUGUCGGACAUCCCGCAGCUCAAGCGAUUCGUGGAGGUGGUGACCAAGAACUUCAUUGACAUGCGCAGUAUACUCAGCCUCGCUUCAGAGAAGCCAAUCACCGUCUUCCUCCCUGGGAACGAGGUCUUUGACAGGGCGGCGGAUUACGUCAACUCACUUCUGCUACUGGACCCCCACAUCCUGUUUAAGGCCUUUCAGGGUCACAUCAUCUCCGGUCAGUUCUCCUCCACCAGGGUGGACGGGGACGCUGUCCACAUGACCUACGCGGGGUUGCCCGUCAGGCUGUCGAAAAAUGAGAGAACGUCCACCAUUAAAAUCACGGGAGGUCACGUGACGAGCGAGGUCAAAGUUCGUGACAUCUUCUGCUCCAACGGUGUCCUGCACAUCAUUGACGACAUCCUGCACACUCCCACUAGGACCGUCGACAAAGAGAUGAGGACAAGAGAGCCCCUCAGGUACAUGCAGGCUCUGUUCGAGAAAGUGGCAGACAGACAAUACGACUUGAACUCCAAGGGAAGCAACUACACAGUUUUUGUCCCCAACAACGACGCCUUUGGUUCCCUCCCCUGGGACACGGUCAACAAACUGCUCCACUGGGACAGCUGGACCAAACAGAUUCUCAGAGCCCACAUCGUGAAGAACGAGAUGCGGACGUUGAGCGACAUCCCGUCAGGCACCGCGCUCAGAGCGGAACACAACGUCAUACACGUCGUCAAGAAGGAGGAUCACGGUCCAGUGUAUGUAGUCAACAACAACAUGAUGGCCCAGGUCCUGGUGUCCGACAUCCCAGCGGUCAACGGCUGGAUCCACAUCGUAGAUAGGAUACUGACCGUCCCCUACGUCACAGUGGCUGACGUCAUGGGGUCCAGGGAGGAUGUCAGCAUCUUCCACCACAUCAUGAGCCCCCUGCCCGAGUACAAGCAGCUGAUCACCUCCCCGUUACGUAACGUCACCCUCUUCGUCCCGUCCUCGCGCUACAUCCGGACCCUCACGCCCGACCAGCUGACCAGGAUCAAAUCCAACACAGACGUGCUCAGGAAGAUAUUCCAUGGUCACGUGCUGCCCAACGUGCGGCUUGAUGACGUGUUCCUACGUCAGUACCCGGAUGCUGACUACUGCUCGAGGAGUUCCUACAACGUCACGUUUAAAAUCAGCAAGGGAGACAACGGCAUGUUCGUGGACGUGGGAUACGACAUGCAACCUCUUGACCUCGUUACCAGGGCAACCGGGUGCUCGGACGGCAUCAUCUACGUCAUCGACGGUUUCCUCAACUACUCGCCCUUCACGGUGCUGGAGAGGCUCACGAGGGAGCCGGUGCUAAGUGGAUCCUUCGACCUGAUGACCCACUUAGCGCCAGCCAAUGAAAUCGAUUCACUGAACGACCCCAACUUGUCCUUCACCUUCCUCAUGCCCGAUGACGUGGCACAGGAUUAUUACCUGAAGAGUGAGUUGCUCAAGCUGCGCCACCUCCCACCUGAGGAGAGGCACAGGGUAUUCAAACGUCACGUGAUCAACGGCACGGUUCUCUACCAGGACGACUUUAAGAACGGCUCCAUCCGUCACGGUCUGCUGCCCCCAAACGUCACCUUGGUCUUUACGGCAGACGCGGUGUACGUAAAGUUUAAGAAGAUCGAGAGCCAGAUCAAGCAGUGGAACCUGAUUGCCUCUAACGGCGUGAUCCACAUCCUCAUGCAGUUCCUCUACGACGCCAACGGCUCGGGCGCCCCCCGGACCACCACGCCCACCACCUACGUCACCAUCAACAGCAUGGUGGCCCGCCUGGAGAACACGGCCGCCGUGACGUCAUGGUCACGUGCUCUAGUGGUCACUCACCUGGUGCUGGCUCUAGUGUUGGUCGCGAGGUGA